AUGGCCGGAGGAGGGGGAGCCAAGGCGGGGGGCGGCGACGCGCCGGAGAUCACGCUGGAGCACACGCCGACGUGGAUCGUCGCCGCCGUCUGCUCCGUCAUCGUCAUCAUCUCGUUGCUCUUCGAGCGCCUGCUGCACCGGCUGGGAAAGAGGUUGAAGAACAGCCGCAAGAAGCCGCUCUACGAGGGCCUCCUCAAGGUCAAAGAAGAGCUGAUGCUGCUGGGGUUCAUCUCGCUGCUGCUCACCGUGUUCCAGGGCGCGACGCAGAAGAUAUGCGUGAAGGAGGGCGUCAUGCGCCACCUGCAGCCGUGCAAGCUGGACUUCGGCACCUCGCCGGCCAAGGCCACCGCGCACUUCGCCGGCGUGCUGGGCGGCGCCAGGAGGCUCCUCGCCGGAGCAGCCAAGUCUGACUACUGCGAGAAAAAGGGUUUGGUUCCAAUACUUUCAGUUCAAGCUAUUCACCAAUUACACAUAUUUAUCUUCGUCUUAGCGGUCUCUCAUGUGGUCCUAAGUGCUGUUACAGUUCUUCUUGGAAUUGCACAGACAAGAAAAUGGCAACAUUGGGAGAGCAAGAUCCAAACAAGCAAUGAAAACGGCCCCCAAAUGAUCAAACAUGUGCAAGAAUUCCAAUUUAUCAAAGAUCAUUUUAGAGGACAUGGCAAAAGGUGGAAAACAUUUGGUUGGCUGCGCUCAUUCUUCAAACAAUUCUAUGGAUCUGUCACCGAGGAGGACUACAUAACCAUGCGGCUUGGCUUCAUCAUGAAACAUUGCAGGGGAAAUCCUAAAUUCAACUUUUACAAAUACAUGAUUAGAGCACUGGAGGCUGAUUUCAAGAAAGUUGUAGGUAUUAGUUGGUACCUUUGGGCUAUGUUAAUAAUAUUUUUGUUACUCAAUGUUCAAGGAUGGUAUGUCUACAUCUGGAUAUCAGCAGUCCCAUUUGUUAUGCUACUUGUGGUUGGGACUAAAUUGGAGCACAUCAUUACUGAACUAGCCCAUCAGGUUGCUGAAAAACAUACAGCAAUUGAAGGAGAGCUCGUAGUAUCUCCAUCAGAUGAAUUAUUUUGGUUCCACCGACCAAAAUUAGUCCUCUUGUUGAUCCACAUUGUCUUGUUCCAAAAUGCAUUUGAAAUUGCAUUUUUCUUUUGGUUGCUGGUUACAUAUGGAUUCAAUUCAUGCAUUAUGGGGAAUAAAGGAUAUGUAAUUGCUCGACUUGUCAUCAGUGUCGUCAGCCAACUUCUGUGCGGCUAUAGCUCCCUCCCUCUCUACGCUAUUGUUUCUCAUAUGGGAACUUCAUUCAAAAAAGUAAUAUUUGAUGAGAAUGUGGCCGAAGGGCUUGCCAAUUGGGCUCAAAAAGCUAGAAAUAAUGCAAGAGGAGGAGCAAGAACACAAAAUGUUGGUGACUCACCGGUUGAUGAAUCAAAUGGUGGUGCAGUUCAAAUGACAAGCCCACCAACAAGGGCAGUUCAGCAAGGGACUGCGAGGCUAAUCUAAGUGUGUAGAUGACCAUGCCAAUACUAACAUUUUUGUUGGCUGUUUUAAUUUCUUUAGUGGGAAUUAUGAAAAGUGUGUCAGCAUUCCUACAUUAGUUUUCAUGAUGUUUGUAAAGGAUUUUGCUUAUACAUGUAUUUUAUUUCAUUGUGUAUUAUAAAUAAUAGUACCUAUGUAAAAUGACUUGUAACUU